GAACUACUUGUACUGCAAACGAGAUUUACAUAUUUCCUUAUAAUUCUCAGCAGCCAAAAUUUACUAUAAAUUGCUCAUUCUGAGCUGUGAAUGUCAUUAGUUCAGUAUCAAGUGUUAACAAAGCACAAACCAACCACAACAAAAUGAAAUUCCUCAUCUGCUUGGCUCUCAUCUUCGCCGUCGCUCAGGCUAACCCCGGUAUCGUGGCUCCAUUGGCUUACUCCGCUGUGCCCAGCGUUGCCACCUAUGCCGCCUCUCCUUAUGCCUAUAGCGCUUAUGCCGCGCCUGCCGUUGCCACCUACUCACAUGUCGCUUACUCAGCUCCAGCUGUGGCCACUUACUCUCACCUCGCUUCUCCAGCUGUGUACAGCGCUCCAGUUGCUCGUGUCGCCGCUGUGGCUCCUGUUGCCUACUCUGCUCCAGUCGUCUCCACUUUGUUGAAGAAAUAGAUAACAAGCUCUGUUGGCUUUUUUAUAAAAAAUAAUUUUCGUUGAUGGACCGUUGAUAAUGAAUAAAUGUUGAUUAAAUUUUAAAUGUA